UGCCCAAUUCCCACAUAAGAUUCUACCGCCUUUUUGUUUUGUUUUGCCUAAUAUUUGUUAUUCAGUUUUGUUUGUAAUAUUGACUUCUUUUAUUUGAUUUUUAAUAAACAAAAAUAAUAUUUAGCGAAUUACAUUUAAAUCAAUCGCAAAUAUUAAACUUUCAAUAUUAGAGAAUAUUUUAGACGUUAUGGAUGACAGCCAGUGCAAUAUAGAAGGCCCUCCUAGUAAUCAAGGAUCUCGAAUUACCCAUAAGGCUGGCCGAUUUAUGUGUCUUACAUGCAGUAAGCGAUUUACAAAACCAUCUCUUCUGCGUCGUCAUGAAGUUAUACAUUUGCCAAAUAAACCCUUUGAAUGCUCGGAAUGUCAUAAGCGAUUUUCACAGGAUUCCUCAUUGCGACGGCAUUAUUUAGAGAAGCACGACUUAAAUUUAAAGCGUUUCCAAUGCAUUAAAUGUCCACUUAGCUUUGCUCAAAAAAGUAAUUUACGUUUACAUGAUGAAAAGGUGCACCCGUCAAAAAGAUUGGAACAUGCAGAGAGCUACGCCUGCGACCGAUGUCCAUCUGUGUAUGGGAACAAACAAAAACUUAGUAGACACAUAAAUUUGGUGCACAAAGAUGGUAAUAAAUCUAAAAAUGCUUUUGAUAAAAUAGAAGAGGCCGAUGAUUUGGCAUUAACUCAAAGCGUUUUGGAGCAACUGAAAACAUUUCAAAUGGAAAUGAAUUCCUUACAAACGCCAGUUUUGGAAGUUGAAGAGAAUUUAGAUGCUACAAACAUAAAUAUUUUAGACAACUCCAAAAAUUUUAUUGAAGUGCCAACACAGCAACAAGAAGAGGAACGUAUAAUCAAUGAGGUGUUACUUAAAGAUCGUUUAAAUGCACAAGGCAUUGAAUACUAUCUGGGUGUGCAGCGCACUGUAAGGAAAGAUGGAUGUGCUGUAUAUAUAUGUGAAUUUUGCGCUAAAGAAUUUCGAAAAUCAUACGAUUACAUCAGACACCGACGUGUGCAUACAAGCGAGCGGCCCUAUAACUGUGGUUUGUGUGAGCGUGCAUUCAGCACCAAAUCGAAACUGCAUGAGCAUAUGAAGAUACAUCGUUUAGAUGAGCAGCAAGGCAUACCAGCAAAGUAUUAUCCCUGCGCAGUUUGUAGUAAAGGAUUUAGUUCACUGCGAAUGCUGGACAAACAUAUGAGCACCCACGAGCAAAUUUAUCAAGUCGCAUAUAAAUGCAAAAUGUGCGAAGAAAUGUUCAAAUCCAGCAUCGCACUUACUUACCACAAACAUAAACAAAUUGAUGCAGACUCUAAAUUUUUGCAACAACUACUACCAACACCUACUGAAAUCUAUACAAAUACUAAUAGCAUGGAAAGCAGCUACGAAAUACCAGAUUGUUCCACUGCAGUUUCCCCACCAGAAACAACCAACAAAUCGCAACACUUAAAAAGGAAGCGUGUUGUGUCUAAAUGGAAAUGCAUUACUUGUGAAAGACAUUUUUCCAAUUCCUCCACAUUACGUGAUCACCGGCGUAUAUAUCAUGGGUCUUACAGUCGUAAACGACGCAUAUCCGCUUCAGCUUUUCUUCGUUGCUUCAAAUGCUCCUAUUGCGCGCGUGUCUUAGAAACUAAAGCGCGUUGUAGAACACACAUGUUGACACACUUGAAUUGUUUACUAAACACAGAUAAAUCCAAUCAGCAGCCGAAUGCAACAAAUAUAAUUAAUGCUUUAGGGUUUGUCACCAGCUUAAUAAAUCCUGCCUCCGUCAAAGUUGCGGAAUUUAAUGUAAUAACAAAACGUCGUGCAACAAAUAUGCAACAUAAAAGUAAAAAACGCGUGAAAAAUUCACCGCAACGUCAUAAAUGUCAUAUUUGUAAGGAGAAAUUUCGUAAACAAUGCGAUUUGAAACGUCAUUUAGUUGUGCAUACAGGUGAGCGUUUACAUAAAUGUGCCACAUGUGAUAAAAGUUUUAGUUUGAGCAGUACGUUAAAGCAGCAUAUGCUAACACACGCCACAGAGCGUGCAAAACACAUUUGUAUCGUUUGUACGAAAACUUAUUUGACCAAGAAAGCGCUCAAUGUGCAUUUAAGGCUGCAUACCGGCGUGCAGCCGUUUAAAUGUGAACACUGUGAGCUCGCAUUCCGCACUUCUGGUCAAAGGAUAGCACAUUUAAAAGUAAGGCAUGGCAUACAGAAAUUGAAAUCGACCAACAAAAAGUAAAACGCACUGCAGUUCAUUGUAUGCAUAUUAUUUUGAUUUCACUGUUGUACAACUUUUACAACUACUACAUCUACACUAACUAAACUUAAAUAAUUUCAUUGUUAUAUGGAAACGAAAAUACAUUUCUUUUGAAAAACUAA